AUGAACUCAAUCAAAACCACCAUUUUCCUCCUACUCUCAGGCUCUCGAGCUGCAAUCAUCAAUUCACGAGACUACCGACCGGACGAGCACCUGAUGCUCGUGGACUGCGGUAUCGGAGCUGAUGGUACCGCCAAGUCAAAUGAGAUGGCAUACUAUGCUGGGUCUUACAACCCAGGUGGCGGCGACACCAAAUGGGUACAGCCAGACAUGAUUGCAAACGUGCCUUGGGACGGUUCGUACCCAUGGAGACCAAGUGGCGUUGCCGCCAAAUUCUCCAACGGCGACACUUUCCAGGUCGCAAUCAAUCCAGCUGUCAAAGACUGGGCAGAGUCCAAGAGCUACGCAGGCGAUGCAAAGCACACCUUUGGAAACGAGUUCAAGUGCUGGGCCGAGCAUGGCAAGCCGGCUUUCGAGCUUCCGGAUGGAACAGCUUGUACCAGCGCCUACAUUUGCUUCCAUCAGCCAGAUAACCCGCCACCCGCGCCUGCCACCGACUUCCAAGUGGUAACCGACUAUGACAUGUCGGAAAAAGAGAUCACGGUGCGUGUGCAGGGCACCAAUGCUGAUGUCGAAGCAUGGACACCUGAGAAUGCUUUCAGCCACAUUAAUGAUGACGAUGAGGGUCUCCAGUGCAAAGGGGAGUCUUACAGCAUUGGCAAUGACUGCAGUAUCACAUUCGACGAUUGCUGGUUCUCGGCGCGCGAUAAUGUCCCUGGCAUGAAAAAGAUUCUGAUUGAAGCCGUGGCACCUGCGGUUGCGAAGACAAGUGUGACCAAGACGGGCCGAUACAGCAACAAUUGCCGAAAUGAGGUGAUGUGCGAACCCGAUUAUGAGUUCGAGUACCAAGAGUACACGUACCCUGCGACUGGGACUGUGUUAGUAAGUGUGCUUCCUGAUGGAAAGAGGGAUAAGGCAUCUACACAGGCAAGGAUUCAUUGGACUGUUUCGUGUCCUAAGGCGGGAUUUUGCGGGUCCUUCUGUGAUGACAAUCUCCAAAGUAUUAUUUCUCUUGCAAGCGGGUUUGCUGGCGUUCCUCCUGUUGGAGAAUGGGCCUGUGCAGGAUGCAGUUAA